GCUAAGAGGAAAUAAAAGAGCGCCUUCAUGGAAAGACUCUGUCACGACUAAUGGGAAGGAGAAGAAAGAAACAAGACCACCAAGUCAAACAACCCCCCCAGUUCUCUCUCUCUCUCAGACCAAAGCAGACGUUCCACGGUACACCAGCACCACCUUCACCACCCACCGGCACCGAUCCACCGGGUCUGUACGAGACGGACACUCUGCUGCGCGCCCCUGCCGUCGCACACGCUCCCUGAGCGAUUAGAGAGAGAGAGAGAGAGAGAGAGAGAGAGAAGGGAAGAGAGAGAGAGAGAGCGAGAGAGAGAGAGAGAAGGCGCUCGUAGUUCUCCUUGACAUUGUCGAGACUCUCAGCGUGUACUGUAGAUGACUUUUUUUCCCUCCCAGCGGCGUCCUCUGCUAAAUUGCGCUCCUGGAUUUUAAGUGCGCGCUCGAUCGGCCCCCGAGUCCGUCCUCUAAAACCGAGCGGCUGUCUCGUGUCCUGUCAGUGCUGUGCUGUGCCGUGCCGUCCCGUCCCGUCCCGCCCGGACCCGGAGCCCGACCAACCCACCGGCGGACCUGCUCCUCGCUGUUCGCAACCUUUCUUCCACAUUGACGCCCAGACGGAUGCGUUUUCUGGCUGCUUUAAAAGUACAGAUGCUGGAAUCUUUGAGUUGAUUGGAACAAAUAGAAAGCCGGUGAGAGAGAGAGAGAAAGAGAGAGUGAGAAAGAAAGAGCAAAAGAGAAACAAGAGGAAGAGCAAAGAAAGAAGAGAAGAGAGAAGCACGCAUCAACUUUUGGUUUGAAGAGAUUUAGGGGACGAGGAGAAACAGAAAGCGACGGGGACGAUGGGGAGGAAAAAGAUUCAGAUCACGCGGAUUAUGGAUGAACGCAACAGACAGGUGACAUUUACAAAGCGAAAGUUUGGCCUCAUGAAGAAAGCCUACGAGCUGAGUGUGCUGUGCGACUGCGAGAUCGCCCUGAUCAUCUUCAACAGCACCAACAAGCUGUUCCAGUACGCCAGCACAGACAUGGACAAGGUCCUGCUCAAAUAUACCGAGUACAACGAGCCCCACGAGAGUAGGACCAACUCGGACAUUGUGGAGACGUUGAGAAAGAAGGGCCUAAAUGGCUGUGACAGCCCCGACCCCGACGCAGACGACUCGGUCGGCCACAGCCCCGAGUCCGAGGACAAAUACAGGAAAAUAAACGAGGACAUAGAUCUGAUGAUCAGCAGACAGAGACUGUGUGCUUUGAAAAAGAAGGAGAACAAAGGUGGCGAGAGCCCGGAGCUUGAAUCCAAUCUCCUCCUCACCCCGCGAAGCGAGGAGAAAUACAAACAGAUUAACGAGGAGUUUGAUCACAUGAUUAAAAGUCAUAAGAUUCCUGCCAUGCCCCCAUCCAACUACGACAUGCCAGUGUCCAUCCCCGUCAGCAACCAGAACAAUCUCAUCUACAGCCACCCCGGUGGCUCCCUUGGAAACCACAACCUGCUCCCGCUAACACACCAUGGACUACCGAGAAACAGCAUGUCCCCCGGAGUUACACACAGACCUCCCAGUGCAGGCAACACAGGUGGCCUCAUGGGUGCUGACCUCACCACUGGCGCAGGCACCAGUGCUGGAAAUGGAUAUGGCAAUCACCGCAACUCCCCCGGUCUGCUGGUCUCUCAGGGCGGCAUGAACAAGAACAUGCAGGCAAAGUCACCCCCACCCAUGAAUUUAGGCAUGAACAACCGCAAACCCGACCUCCGUGUUCUCAUCCCGCACGGCGCCAAGAACAACAUGCCCUCCAUUUCUGAUGAUGUCGAUCUGCUUUUGAACCAGAGAAUAAACAACUCCCAGUCUGCUCAAUCAUUGGCCACCCCAGUUGUGUCAGUAGCAACUCCAACUCUGCCGGGACAAGGCAUGGGUGGUUACCCGUCGGCUAUCUCCACUUCUUAUGGUACAGAGUAUUCCCUAAAUAGCGCAGACUUGUCUUCGCUGUCGGGCUUCAACAGCGGCAGUUCCCUGCACCUGGGCUCAAUGAGCGGCUGGCAGCAGCAACACCUUCAGAACAUGCAGCAUUCGGCUCUCGGACAACUCGGAAAUUGCUCUAGCUCUCACUUAUGUCAGGGUUCAAAUCUCUCCCUGCCCUCUGCUCAAAGCCUGCACAUCAAGUCCGAACCUGUUUCUCCUCCUAGAGAUCGCACCAGCAGUACACCGGGGGGCUACGGUGGUGGUGGUGGCGUAGUACCCCCCCAGAACCCCUCAUCCCGCCAGGACUCGGGACGCUCCCCGGUCGAUAGCCUGAGCAGUUGUAGCAGCUCCCACGAAGGCAGCGACCGCGACGAGCACAGGAACGAGUUCCACUCUCCUCUGGGACUGGCACGGCCCGCCCUGGACGAGCGCGAGAGCCCCUCCAUCAAGCGGGUGCGCCUGUCUGAGGGGUGGGCCACAUGAUAGCGCGGCCCUCUCCCCAACUCCACCCCCAAACAACAACAGCACCCCCCACCCCCUUUGUCAGUACCGCAAUCAUCUGACAGCCCGUCUCAGAAGUCUCCAACCGUUUUUAUUUUAGUUUAUUUUUGAGGGUUUUAUUUUUGCUCAGUGUGUGUGUGCGUGUGCUAUACAUAUGACAUCACAUAACCCGGUGGGCUCUUGGAGAUGUCAUUGUGGGAGGGGGUGUUUCUAUUCUAUUUUUGGGUGGGGAACUAUGCAUAAUAAACCGCUUUGCGUGUGGAUCAAACCAAUCACAAAUGCAUAUAUCUUGACACCUGUGUACAUAUAUGCAUCUCGCCAACAACAAUAGUCAGGUACUCUGUUUCCUACAAGUUCCAGUUCACCGCAGAGAAUCAUCAGUGACUAGAAAAGACGACGAAAAAAAAAAAAGCAUUAACACGAGAGCGAGUGCAUGAAGGGCAACACCUUAGCACUUUGCCAAACACGCGUGUGUACAGUGUCAGUUUGCUCGCUAUGUACCGUCUCCCUCGCAAAAACAAGUGUGUGUUAACAUUAGAUGAUGUCAUGUUGCAGGUUCAACGUAUUUAUGUAAAUAGAGGUCGAAGGGGAGGGGGGGGGGGUCAAGAAGUUGCCGGACAUUUCAAGAUUUAUUUACUGGCUAAAGGAAAAGCUAAUAUGCAACAUUUGAAGGACUGUACAGGUCAUCGGACCCCAAACGUGUUUAGAACUUUUGGUGUAUAAAAAGUGGGGGGGGGGGGGGGGGGGUGAGGGAGGUGUGGCGUGAGGACCACCCUCUGAUCCAAGAGUUAGUGUAAUCAACAAGCUUCUGGAUCGAGUAGUAACUAUCAGUAUUAUUAAAAGAAAGAAAGAAAAAAAAAAGGAAAAAAAAAACAAUUGUACGAUACACUUGCUUAUAUUUUCAUAUGAAAGGAAUACAAUGCAAAGCAUUUUUGUGGCUUUUUGUAGUUUCUAUAAGCCAGAAUGUGUUUUUGAUAGCUUUGCUAAAUAAGAGAAGGAUAGUGCACCCCGCCCUAUUGUGGGAUUUGGGGGGUCGGGGGGGGGGGGGAUGGGCUUUGGAGCCCUAAGCCAUGACACAGACUGAGAUCCAAUGCUUUGCUGAACUGUUUUAUCUUUGUAGAGGUUUGUUAUUAAACGUGUAUUUCUAAUUAUAUAUAAUAAUGGUAAUAUUAAGAAUCUUUAAAAAAAAAAUCUGUGAAAUUAACAUGCUUGUGUAUAGCUUUCUAAUAUAUAAAUAUAUAUAAUAUUUUCUUUUUUUUUUUUGGUUGUUGUUUUCCUAGUGGAGUUUCUACGUGCAGUUGCACAUGUUUGGUUUUUGUUUCCUUUGAGCCCUGAGCAGAGCUGGUGUAUUUCCUACAACUUUUUUCCAAGCAGUAAGUGUGCAAGCGAGGACGACAAAAGAAAUCACGCCGACGUACCAAUCGCGUCCGGCCCAAUCUGCAUUUUGAUGUCCCACAUGUUUCAUCCUUAAGCUUCAUUAACUUAUUGAACGUGACCUUGUUUUCCCUUUAUUCGGCUCGACACAACCUCAGCUUGUCACGUCCGAGGCUCAAGCUGUACAGUUUCCAUUGUGAGCUAUUUAAGUCAUCAAAUUUGGCCAAAGUAUGAUGAGAAAUAGCACCCCCCAAAAUCAUUUGCAAGCUUAAUUUGAUUCUCUAUCUCCUCAAGUGGAAUUAUUUUCAAAUCAAACAUCAUUUGCUCCCAUUUUUGACAGCUACGUAUAGGAGAAAAUGUGAUCUGCGGUCGCUAAUUUCUGAUCGAUAGCUUUUUUGAUGACCCAAACUAGCCACUUAUCUCUGCCUCUGAGUCAUGUAUCUGCUGUCAUUUAAGUGUUAUGAUAUUUCAAUGUGCAUAUUUCAUGCAGGUUCACUAUGUUGUUACUGUAUAGUCUGUGCAUUCAAACGGGGGCAGAGCCUCUAUAGCAGUGUUCUUCUCACUCUCUUCUUUUUUUUUUUAAUUCAGUACAAAAAAAAGGCUGAGAGGGAAAAAAAAUAAAUGUUUGAGGCGAACGAGUGGAGAAACCAAAGCCAGUGGCAUUUGUGUGUUGUAAACUUCUUAUUUUCACGUUCAUUUAUGUUUUUACUUUGCAAGCAUUGAAACAUGACAAUAAAAAAAAGUUCAAAUGUACAAUUUCUUUCACACUUCAAUUCCACUCAAGUCCAGUUUGACUCGAGCAUUUACUUCUCUUGUGCGUUUAUUUUUUUUUGAGUGACGUGUUCUGAGAAGUGCAUGCAUGAAGAAGUCACAUGACCCACUAAUCAGCAUCUAUUUAUAUUCACUCCCAAAUUGACCUCUUGCCAGCAUGUCCCGGUGAUUAAUUAAGAGUUGAACAUUCACCAAAGACAUGACGCAUAUUGAUAUUUUCUUUUUUUUUUGUUGUUGUUCCAUUUACUUGUUUUCAUCAUCUGUUGAUCAGUUGCUGUGUUGUCGUUGAGAUAAGAGAUUAAUUAAGAGUCAUGCUGGUAACCUUCCAAAUGACGCAAGCAGUACCUCAGCUGAUGUAUUGUCGAGUCACUUUGCAGUGCAAAAAAGGGAGAGCCUCCACCUGUAUAGCCGUGUGUAAUAGUAUAUCGUCCCCUUUUGUUACUCCACAGUGUGUGGUUUAUUUAAAUCUCGAAAAACAACAACAAAAAAGGGAUGCUGUUUCUGUUCAAUGCUUAAAUCGUCAGUCUGUAGUGUGAAUUGUGGCGUGUGUCAACCCAGAGACUGGGGCAGCUUUGGAGAAGGUGUUUUUUUUUUUUGGUGCGAAAUAUGAGCGGCUUUCAGCGGCAUAAGCUGGCCUUUGUCGCCACUUGAGACUCACAGUGAUGGUGCUCGAUGAAAAGUCCACGUGUGGAACUCGAGGGACUGAACUGAGCUGUGUGUGGCGGGCGGGGGGGGGGGGGGCGAGGGGCUGGAAAUACACAAGUCUCCUCAUGCUGAGAGGGAGUUUAAUUGUUUGUACUUUGCAGAGAUUUCAGUAAACUUACUGGCUUUCUUGGUUAUCCUCA